GCCGCCGAUGCUCGACAAAGUGAUGUUCAACGAGAUGCCCUUGUGAUGUGCCAAUCCAAUAAGAUGUAUAACAGAUACUCCUCCAACUAUCACCAUGUUGCCUCCGAGGGAGAUACCGUGGCGUCCCAUCAGGGUUAUCAUGUGCAAUAUGUGGAACCAGAAAUUUACGCAUCGCAGACUAAUGGUGGUCAAGCACAAAUGGCGUAUCCGGUGUACACUGUAGGAGAAACAGGGACUUUGUACGCUAGUCAAGGGCAGUACUAUGCAGCGAACACUGGGAAUUCGACCAAUUCUGCGGCCGUCGGAUACACAACGACCACCGGCCACUACCUGGUGCAGCAGACCGUCGAUGGCGACGGUUUGAUCGCACCCACAAGGCAUUCCCCGCAAACCACUAGUGCUGACACAAGCUAUGUGGCUACAGCCACUGUGCAUGCAGCUCCAUCUGCGACUCAGGAAGAAGUCGGCUCGGCUCUGAGCCAUGCUACUAGAGUAUCGCCUGCGACCGUGCAAUGGUUGCUGGAGAAUUACGAGACCGCCGAGGGGGUUUCGCUGCCUCGAUCAACCCUGUACGCUCAUUACUUGCGACAUUGUGGAGAGAACAAAUUAGAGCCGGUGAAUGCCGCGUCUUUCGGAAAACUGAUUAGAUCCGUAUUCCUCGGACUGAGAACCAGAAGAUUGGGUACAAGGGGUAACUCGAAGUACCAUUACUAUGGGAUCCGGGUGAAGCCGGGUUCGUCCUUAACCAGCGUAGAGGAGUCCACGGCUCGCAGCAUGCCGUCCAGCGCCAACAUGCAUGGUAAGGUUGGCGGCAACGUGAACAGAUCUUUCAAGCGAAGCAACGAUUCCAUGGAUCAGGGGGUUUCCAUCACAGUUAACACUCAGCACCAGGCCUACUUGGGUGAUGGUAGCAACGCCAUCCCCAACUUUCCGGACAUUAACUUUUCCACACCGUUACCAGACGAUUGCAGUUACGACGAUGUUGACACUUUAAAAUCAAUCUACAGGGAACAUUUAGAGGCGUUUCUGGACGCUAUUUUGAGCUUGGAAUUCGCUACGGUCGAAUCGCUUUGGCGCGAAUUCUGGAGGUCACAGGAUAACAACAACGGCGACGAAUGCGAAGAAGAAAAAUACCUCUCAAAAUCUAAAUUAUUUGCUCUAUGCAACUUGGAACCAAUGCAGGCCUUCAUGCGUCACGUGGAUCUGACCUUCUACCAAAACCUCAUUCAAGUCUUGGUGCCGGACGUGCUAAAACCUAUACCAGCCACCCUCACGCAGUCCAUACGAAACUUUGCGAAAAGUUUGGAGAGUUGGUUGACCGCUGCUAUGAAUGGAGCCCCGCCUGGAAUGAUGUCGGUCAAGUUAUCCGCCGUCUCCGCAUUCAGUUCAAGCCUUCGGAGAUACACCUCUCUAAAUCACCUGGCACAAGCAGCCAGAGCAGUCCUCCACAAUGGGACACAGAUUGCUCAGAUGCUUGCAGAUCUGAAUCGCGUCGACUUCCAUAGCGUACGCGAACAGGCGUCGUGGGUAUGCCAAUGUGAUCACGACAUCGUAGCUAGGUUCGAAGCAGACUUCAAACUCACGCUGCAGCAACAGAAUUCUCUGGAGCAGUGGGCCUCUUGGCUGAAGAACGUCGUCAAAAGCGCUCUUAAACCGUACGAAGGAAAACCGUCGUUCUCGAAAGCGGCUCGUCAAUUUCUGUUGAAAUGGAGUUUUUACAGUUCAAUGGUUAUACGAGAUUUAACACUAAGAUCAGCAGCGAGCUUCGGCUCCUUCCACUUGAUCCGCCUCCUAUACGACGAGUACAUGUUCUACCUGAUCGAGCAUCAAGUCGCAGAGGCCACGGGCAACGUACCAAUCGCCGUGAUGAUGGAAGGCAUCGUGAGUUACAGCCAACCGGAGGAUCAACCCCAGUACAGCUGUGACUACACGAAGACGGAGCUCUUCAAGAAACAGGACAUCCUGCAGAACAGCCUGACAAUAUACGGGAACGACUCGAUGUGCAAUGGGAACGUGAUGAACUCUGCAAAGCUGGGAUGCGUCAGCCCUUCAGAUUCAACGAAGCGCAUGAAGAUCAGCUAGCUGCAGAGGGACGUCGAGUAUGUUAUAACCCUACCUUAGCGAGCGGACGUCCUCAAAUAUUGGACGAUUUUUGUUUUGUCUUUCUUCUUUUCAUUUACGAUAUUGAUUAUCGUCUUCUCUUUGAUUUUCUCUCAUAGCCGGAUUCGGCUCACGAAGUUCCUGCAUUUCUUUGUUUAUUAUUUUUUUUCUUUCGAAUUCGAUUUUGUUUUCCGCAUUCGCUCAUUAUCACUUAUUAAUCUUUUCGUUUGAUAGUCAUUAGAAUGUAAGUAUUUCUUUUCUUUUUUCUCAUACCUGUGCGUAAUACUACGUUUUAUCACAGCUGUUGACUUUCUUUAACUUCUCGUUCUACGGAUAACUUGAGUUGUUUUAUCGGUGGUAUUAGGUGUUUGUUGCGUCCGCAACUUCCACUGCAAGGAAGUCGAGUUGCGGAUCGAAACGUUCGAUGUGCAAUUUUGAAAAUGCAUGCAAUUUAUCGGUGUGUAUGAAGUAAAUGUAUAUAAAUGUAAUUACUUUCAAUUCGAUUUAGUUCUCUAAUUAAUUAUUUUGUUUCGAUAUUACUUCUCAUGUUUCGAUUUUGAUUAUACAUAUUUAUUUUCGACUGAUUACGAUUACGUUUAGUGCAUUAACGAAGCAAGCAAAGCAAACAAACAAACAAACAAAAUUGAAUAAAAAAAAUGAAUUAUUAUAUAAUUGUAUUUACGAUAUAAAACGUGUGUGGUGUGUGUGCAUUCUUAAUACUACUUUGUGUACGUUUCUCAAUUACGAUUUCGUUCGGUUUUUUUUCGGUAUACCAAUAAUAAGUUUUUUUUUUCCUUCUUUUUCUUAAUGAAAGAAUGUUCCCAAGUUAUUUUUUUUGGUGGACGUUGAUGACGAAGGGACGAGAAUAACUUAGGAAUGCGAUUUCUUUGCUCAAAAGUGUAAUCCAUCCAUUUAAAGAAAGUAAAAAAAAAGAAUAAAUAAAAUAAUAAUAUAUAUAUUUAAAUAUAAAAAAAAAUGAAUAAUAAUACAGUGAAACGCAGGGUAUUAAGAUAUUCCUCGAAUUAGUACAACUCGAUGUUAUACUAAGUGUUUAAGCCUUGAUUGACAGGAAGAGGGGAUGUAAGCAAAUGAAUGAAGACGCACGAUUUAUUGUAAUAAUUUGUAACGAGAAAACGCGGACACCCUGUACAAAGAGAAAAAAAAAACAGAGCAGUUCGGGCUUAAAUAUCAAUACUAAUUCUAGUCACUAAGAAAUUCUCUUUUGAUCCCAUCGAAUCGCACCGCAACGU